AGGUGGUCGCUGUUGGCAGAAAGACACCCAGAUCGAGCCUCCAAGAAAACAAGCAAAGAGGACUCUCGUGUGCCUGGAAGGUACGUCCUGUACAAGUCUUACAGUAUUCCGCAGCACCGAGAGGACGCAAGGAUGUGUUUUUUGGGAACGACCUGGAACUCUUAGUCUGAAGUUGGUACCUAAUUUGUACCUCAAAUUAGAAGGGGAGGAGUUGUUCCCGUCUACAUGCUGAUGAGUAGAAUACUCCAGAAACAGAGGAGGAGGAUGCACCUUUAAGGAAGAGGCCUACAUUAUAUUGGGCCGUCAGUGUGGGAACGGCACUGGAAGCUGUGGGACGCUCCUGAGAGCUGACUGUGGAGAUCUUAAGAUCAGGCGGACGCGUCGGUGGAGUUGCCGCUUAUUUUGCACUCCAGUUUUGCUGGUGGCUGCUGGACUUGUGAGGAUCUCAAGGCAAGGGCGGCGGGGGGGAGGGGGGUAGCCAGCGGUGCAAAUGCCGGGGCCGCGGCUGCCUCAGGAGCCGGCCUGGCAUGUUCUGGUCCUGCUGCUGCUGAGUGGACUGGCAUCACAGAGUCCGGGGUCACAUGCCAACCUGUUGGACUCCAUACUGUUUCGGAAUGGCUGGAAGGGCGAGUCAGAGCGGCAGUCGGAGGGGAGCAGCGGCAACAGUGCGGCCACCGUCACCGUCCACAACAUGCUGUGGUGUCACUGCAACAGCAAUUGUCCUGAGGACUCUGUCAACAACACUUGCAUGACGGAUGGUUACUGCUUCACCAAGGUGGAGGAGGAGGAGGAAGGGGGGCUGGCUGUCUUCAUCACAGGCUGUUUGGGACUGGCUGGUUCCGAGUUCCAAUGCAGAGACACGUGGAACAAACACUCCAGGAGAGCUCUGGAGUGCUGCAUGGAUGAGGACUACUGCAACCGCAACCUUCAUCCCACUCUUCCUCCACUGCAGACGUCAGAUUACGUGAACAGCAGCGGUCAGUACUUGGCUCUGCUCAUCUCCAUCACCGUGUGCAGCUUCAUCCUCUGCGUCAUCCUCAUCAUCUGCUGCCUCAGAUACAAGAGGCAGGAGACGGAGCCACGCUACAGCAUCAACCUGGAGCAGGAGGACACCUACAUCCCACCUGGGGAGUCGCUGAAGGACCUCAUCGAGCAUUCACACAGCAUGGGAUCUGGAUCAGGAUCAGGGCUCCCUCUGCUGGUCCAGCGUACCAUCGCCAAGCAGAUCCAGAUGGUGAAGCAGAUCGGCAAGGGGCGCUACGGGGAGGUGUGGAUGGGGAAGUGGCGCGGAGAGAGAGUAGCCGUCAAAGUCUUCUUCACCACGGAGGAGGAGAGCUGGUUCAGAGAGACCGAAAUCUACCAGACCUUCCUCAUGCGACAUGACAACAUCCUGGGCUUCAUCGCGGCCGACAUUAAAGGUACGGGCUCGUGGACUCAGCUGUACCUGAUCACGGACUACCACGAGAACGGCUCGCUGUACGACUACCUCAAGUCCAACACGCUGGAUGUCAAUGAUCUGCUCAAGCUGGCCUACUCGUCCAUCUCGGGCCUGUGCCACCUGCACACCGAGAUCUACGGCACGCAGGGCAAACCCGCCAUCGCACACAGAGACCUGAAGAGCAAAAAUGUCUUGGUCAAGAAGAACGGGUCCUGCUGCAUAGCGGACCUCGGACUGGCUGUCAAGUUUAACAGUGACACCAAAGAGGUGGAUUUACCCCCCAACCUGCGUGUGGGCACCAAGCGCUACAUGCCCCCCGAGGUGCUGGACGAGAGCUUAAACAGGACGAACUUUCAAUCCUUCAUCAGGGCGGACAUGUACAGCUUUGGACUCAUUAUGUGGGAGAUGGUGCGGCGUUGUAUAAGUGGAGGCAUAGUGGAGGAGUACCAGCUACCUUACUAUGACUUGGUGCCGACUGACCCUUCCUAUGAUGACAUGUGGAAAGUGGUGUACAUCAAAAAACAAAGACCUGCUUUUGCUAACCGCUGGGGCAGUGAUGAGUGUUUACGACAGCUGGGAAAACUCAUGUCAGAAUGCUGGGCUCACAAUCCUGCCUCUCGUCUCACGGCCUUGAGGGUGAAGAAGACCCUGGCCAAGAUGUUGGAGUCCCAAGACAUCAAACCGUCUCACAGCGACACAUGAAAACACGUUGCGUAAAAGUUGGACUUGCUGUACAGCGACGUUCAAAGCCAACACUGUGCUUUCUGUGAAAGCUGGGGGGGGGGGGGGUCCACACUGCUGGCCUGGUGGACUCGGGGACUGAAAGGAGAGGAGGACUUGUAAAGCCAUACAGCAGUAUUAUUAUUAUGAUUAUUAUGAUGAUAUCCAGUCUUUUGUACUGGACGUGUUUUAUUUUACAUUUGUGACCUCAUUAGGAGCAUUUUCUUACUGACUUCAACACAACUGAAUGACAAAAUAAAACAUGCUAAAGCUCAUCAAACAACACUGGAGUUUUCAGUCUAUUUAUACAAAAUGUGGGUCUAUUCGGAUAUUAAUCUCUCUGGCGCUCCCUAGUGGAACAGAGUCUCAAUUGCACUAAGGCGCUAAGCUGGGUAUCACCCGUCAAUUGCAUUCAUACCCAGUGAAUGAACACAAGAUGAACACACUAAUAUUUUGCAUCAAAUAGAUACACAUGUACAAAAAUCAAAUUGCAAAAUUUAAAAAAAUAUACUUUAGAGCAAAAAAUGUAACAGAUAACAGUUCCAUAAUAAACAUACAUGUGUUAUAUAUUUAUAUUUGGCCUACCUUGUUUGUCUAUAU